GGCAUUUUAUUACAUUAUCUGUUGGGAUUUCCACCUUCCUCUCGGCUCAUCACGACUCUUUAUGUAACCAGCCCACACUAUUAAAUAACUACCUCUCCCUCCCUCCCUCCCUCUCAGAUGCCUGUGGUCUAACAGACCCAGUCCACGUGGAGUCUCUGCAGGAGAAGGCUCAGGUGGCUCUGACAGAGUACGAGAGGAUGCAGUACCCGAGUCAGCCUCAACGCUUCGGGCGCCUGCUCCUGCGCCUCCCCGCCCUGCGCGCCGUUCCCGCCAGCCUCAUCUCGCAGCUCUUUUUCAUGCGCCUGGUAGGAAAGACACCCAUCGAGACGCUGAUCCGUGACAUGCAGCUCUCCGGAAGCUCCAUCAGCUGGCCGUAUGUCCCGGGACAGUAGCCCCCUUUAGGGACGAGGUCUCCGUCUGGGAUUUGUGACGACAAGGACCCACAGGAAACCUCCUGACUCAUCACUAUCCAUCUGUGUGGUUGUCAAACUGCAGUGCCAGCUGGCCGUCAUAUGUACUGUACUGUAAGCGCUCUAUUUCCCCUCAUGAAACGAGCUCUCUGUCCUCACACGGGCCUCCAGUGGAGAGACGAGCCAGCUCCGGGCUGGAUCUGUCUUGUUGCCAACCCAGUCGUUCUGGUGCCAGGUCUCAGGCCACUGACCAGCUUUUCGUGCUGGGCUCCAAUAUGGCCACCACAGCCAGUCAUGUCACCACCCACAUGCCAUAGUGACUUAAGACGCUGCAGUUUCAUGUAGAGGGCAGCAGCACCCUGCUACAAAUGCAUCCCGAGGACAAAACUGUCCCACGGCUGAAAGUCGGCAGAACAUUUUCCCCCACACUGGGCUCAUUUUCCAUGGCUCACCAUUUGUGAUACAGUGACCUUUUUAUCCACACCAAUUAACUGAUAACAGUACAAUAUGGGAUCAUGAUGUGAAAGGACCGAAUGGAACAGCGGUGAACUCAGUGUAAGAGAAACUAAAGGCUUCCUUCGUUGUGAGAAACUUUUGAAUUCACCGCUCUCUCAGCUCGAUGCGGAGGAGGAAGCCAAUGAGCUGAUCAAAUGGAACAGAGAGAAAACAAAACCAAUGG